AUGUCUGCAACAACUGUGAACAUCACAGAUAAUCUUGAAAAUCUUCGCGAAGGAGAAGUAGUGACCGAUGAAAAAACCGGUAAAAAAUAUCGAGUGAAGAAAAAUAUUAUGCCACAUUAUUCGGCUGGAGGACCACAUGGAUUAGGUAAGUCAAAUAACUAUGAGAUUUUUUAUUUUUAAACAAAAAAAAUGCAUUUUUAGGUGACCCGGAUGAUCGAACAUUGCGAAAAAUUGAAGCUGAUGUCAUAAUCCCGAAUCGAAUGAAUGCGCAUAUCGAGAAAAAUGCUUGUAAUGAAUCAUAUCUUGGGCUUAUCACAUGUUUUCGAAAAGAUGGAGCUGUUUCUGGUUUGAAUACAUGCAAACCGGCACUUGAAAUAUUCAAUAGAUGUAAAUAUGAAAGGUUAUAAAACAGAUAAAAUUUAUAUGGAAAAUAAAUAUAAUUUUUCUAGAUUCCACGAUCCUGAGUUCCGAGCAAAAAUAACCGAUGAUUAUAUUCGAGAGCGUUCAGAAGCAAGAAGAACUGGAAUGACUUCUCAACAAAGAAAAUUAGAAGAAUAUCGAGAAUGGAAAUCUCAAAAUGAAAAAUAA